UCUCCCUUCUCUCUCUCUUCUCCUUCUUCUUGUUCGAUGAUCAUCGAUGGACGCCGUCCCUGCACCGCCGCCCGCGGCCGAACCCACGCCGCCUCUCUCUCCGCCCGUCUCCACCAUCGGCGCCCUCGAUUCCUCCGUCCCCGGCCGCGCGAGCCCGCCUGCCGGAACUCCCUCCCCGCCGUCCUCGAAGCCCGUCGGUGAGAAGACCAAGAUCAAGAAAAGGAAGAAACUUAAGGGCGUCUCUCCGUAUGUAGCAGCUGCGGCGUCUUCGUCGGCGUCGUCUUCAGCUCGUCCUCCUCCCCCGCGCCCUGCCGAGAGGGGCGCUCGCGUUCUGUGCCGACGCCGGGGCCCUCGGGUACUGCUCGGCGCGGCGCAGUCCGCGGGGGACAACGUGGAGGCAAUGGCGCUUCCUCUUGGAAUGUCUUUUGCUGCUGUCGUUGCUCAGGUUCUGGAAAGGGAAUAUACGACACGAGAAAAGAUGUCUGUCGAUCAUCUCUCACAGAUUUGUACUUCUGCUGUCAGAGAAUCAUUAUCCAAUGGAUUUGGCAACAAAUUUACCCGUUUUGCUAGCAACUUUGAGAUGUCUUUCGGGAGCACAUUACGGACUCUUAGGUUGAUUAGUGAAUCCUCGUCACAAGAGGAAGUGUAUCAGUUGGACCAGCAAGAUGUUACAAUUUCAACAUCCAAUGUGAGUCCAUGGGGGUCUAUGGACAAAGGAAGUUGUUCGAGCUCUUUGAAAGAGUGCAGAGAAGAACCAGUUUUGCGCCAUUCUGAUGGUCCAGAUCAUCUAAACAUGUCAGAGGAGGCACAACAACAUAUUCUAAGAGAUAAUAUAAAUUGCCAGAUUAGCCAACAAAGAGAGGAAAAUCAACUUGCUUGUAUUUCUCGUAGCAGAUCUGGACCUGUUAUCAGCCAGCCCAUAAGAAGCACCUUCGAGAAAUCCGUUGUGGAACAGACUCGAUCUAAUGACCUCAAGGAAUUUGAACUUGGUCUUGCUGUGAAAAAGAUGAAGCUAAAAGAAGCGCAGCUCUCUCUCACUUAUGAUGCGAAUCAUCUGGGGAGAUCAAAGUUGGCUAUGGGCAUAUCAAAGGCGUCCUUCAAGGCAGAAAAGUUCAAGAAUGAAUUAGAAGACGCGAGACAUUUGGAGCUACUUAAAAAGUGCAUAGAUUGUCUUGUUGCUGGUUUGAUUAUAAUGUCACUUUCCCUCUUAUAUGGAGCUUAUGUUUUUUCCUACCAACGAGUCGCUGAAGCUACAGAAUCCUGCUCACCUUCAAACCAGCAAUCCAGGUCAUGGUGGAUCCCGGAGCCUGUGGUUUCUUUUAGUUCGGGAAUUCAAAUGCUCAGAUGUCAGGUCCAAGUUCUGAGCCGGAUGCUGUUCGGUGUCCUGAUGAUCCUCAUAAUCGCUUAUUUGCUCCUUCAGCGCUCCGCAACUUCAAACCAAACGAUGCCGGUCACUUUCCUGCUUUUGCUGUUAGGAGUGGCUUGUGGAUUCGCAGGAAAGCUCUGUGUCGACACUUUGGGAGGCAGCGGAUUUCAUUGGCUCAUCUUCUGGGAGACGCUUUGCUUCCUGCAUUUCUUGUCGAAUAUAUGGACGCGAGGAUUGUUUGUCAUUCUCCAUGGGCCCGUUUCCAUGUCCCAAGGGAUGAGGAGCAAUGCGGUGAUGGUUCCAUACUGGAUUCGGCGGGUUUCAUUCUAUGCUGCUGUUUUAAUCUUUCUACCUUUGUUAUGUGGUCUUAUUCCGUUUGCAAGUCCGGUCGAAUGGAAGGAUCAUUUCUCGCAGCUCAUCGUGGACCGUUUGUCUCAUAAUAGCGAUAGUGACUGGAGCUAGCAGAAGCAGUUGGAGGGUGUAGAGAAGUUCAAGUAGGGUAAUCAUAUUUAUUAUAGGGCUCAUUGGGGUUUUUUUUGGAACUUUCUGUAAUGGGCAGUGUUGUAGUUUAUUUAGGAGGGGACAGAAAGUCCUUAAAGGAAAACUGGGACUGUUGAGGGUUGUAUCAUAGGAUAAAAGCUUAGAGAGCUUAUGUCUUGGUCUGUAUUAUUACAAUGACGAGUGUAAUCCUUUCAACUGUGUGUAGUGCAAUCUCUUCUUGUUCUUUUAGA